CGCCAUGGCAUGUUAACGUGGGAACAACACAUCGAAAAAUGUACAGAAAUACACAAAAAACAGUCUAAGAAUUGUUCGAGAUACGAACUUUCUUCAUACGUUGCGCUACGCACCUUUCCUAGCUCCUACUUCACCCUAAUUGAUAGGAAGGAAGUUCUGAUGUCCGGUGCCAGAAAAUUGUAACAGUAACCGAAUCGUUCCAGCGUACCGUAUUGAUUGGCAGCUGAUGGUUCCGUACACGGUACCUUCUCACUGUCGUUCGAUCUUAUCAACCGACAACCGACGACCUUUAGUAUCUGCACCACCCCCACCCGCUUGGUUUCGGAUAUCAGCGAUGCGCGAAAGUCACAAACAACUAUUGUCAAUAUAAAUGAUUUAGACUGCCACUAGACGGACGUCAGUCUGUUGAAGAUAAUUUUUGACUACGGAGGUAUUGUGGUAGUGUUCUACGGAAAGUAACAAAUCGACAUAAUGCGUACAAUAGCGCAAUUGGUGGCACUGUUUGCCGUACUGCUAGUGUUCAUCGAAAUGGCAACCUCGAGUCCACUAUCGCCGAAUUCACCCGAUAUACAGACACGCAUGCAGUCCUACGAAUCGCCCUUUUCGAGUGAACGUCAAGCCCGUAGUGCCAUGGUCCAAACACUCACCUGCACGAAUCCUACCUGUGCUGCCCAGUGCCGUGGACGUGGCUACCGUCGAGGAUCGUGUACCAUCGGGCGAUGCUUCUGUUCGUACGUUUAGUCGCUUGCCAAAGGCAACAGAACUUACUGGACAAAUAAUACACACACACAUACAAGAUAAAAAACACCCAGUUUUGAUGAGAUCUGUAAGGUUAGAUUAGAUACUAUCAGAUGGUUUCAGCGGAAGACACCCUGUCCUCCGUUUCUCUUCUUCCUUCAAAUAAAACAUGUACCCUCAGCAUCUUGAUAGCAACACAGAAUCCGGUGGCAACGCAGAACGUGUGAAAAAACGACUAAUUGUUUGUGUGUACACAUUUCGAAAAAUACAAUUCGCGAAGCACGUUGAUGAAGCAUUACGAAAUUAUCAUAAUAAACUAAAUUCUCUAUAUUGUUGUUAA